AUGGCCAUCACUGAGCUUAUUUUUCCAAGCGUCAAAACAGACUCAGCUUCACUCAAGGAGCUUGAAAGAGACUGGCCAAGGUUGAGCAAAGGAUUGAUCGAUCCUAAUCCCGGCCUGCUCUGCGCAUUCCGUGGAUGGAUAUUGACAGAAGAUGGGCUGGAUGUAAGGGAGGCCUAUAAAGAGUUCCUUCUUUUCGAGUGGGACUCAGCCGACUCUUUCCAUGCCUUCAUCGGCUCGCAACAAUUUGCUGCUUUUGCUAGCUCAAUCAGGCAUUUGGUGACUGGGCCGCCCACCUUGCAACUGUUUGAAACAAAUUUGUCCCCAAGAGAUGCAGCUUCGGCGCCUGUAGUUGAAAUAAUUCGGAGCUCGAACCUUGGAAAGGAAGUCAUUAUGGGUAUCAUAGGAUGGCAAAACUUGAAGGAAUACCAUGACAUGUCCCGAAAGGAGAUUUGGUCGGAGACGCUGGAUUCUCUCAAGUCGCUGGGGAAAGUGUCACAGAUAACUGUUGGCAUUGAGGCAAUGGACCUGGGUGUGUCGUAA